AGAAAAUCCAGAGUCUCGCACAAUGCACUCAUCAAUUAUGUUUCGGAUACAAGAGUUUAAAGUCAUAUAUACUGUCUAUAAUUUUGUUUUGAUCACUCUCCCAAUAGCCUUUUUUUUUUUUUUGGGUUGAAUUUUCUUAUGUAUAAAUUGGACUAUCAUACAAGAAUCAAUUCCAUAAAUAUUUUUUUCUAUAGCUAAAGACAAAAAAGAAAUAAUAUACUAAUUCUUUUUUAUUAAUUCGAUCCAUAUAUUCUGGGUCCUGAGUAGUCCGGAUCAAAACAAAUAAUAUUUUGGGGGAAAAAAAUAAAUAAAUCCCCACAUGACAUAAUUGGUUGACAAUAUGAUUAUGAUAUGACAUAUUUAAUCACAAAGCAAAAAUAAAAAUGCAUUGGUCUGAUUGGAAAACCUGAAAGUCUUCAUCAAAAAAAAAAAAAACCUGAAAGCCACUUGGUUCCUAAUUGCACGUGGAAUUCAUGUAGCUUUGUCGUAGUUUCCACUUUUCCAUUCAUAAAUUGGAAAAGCCUUCUUCCCCGCUCAAACGCAACCUUGCAAACCUCUACUUGGUGCUUUCCUGCUGACUCUGGGCUUCUCCAAAGAGACGCAACUCAAGACAAUCAAAAGUGUUUUCGUAACCCCCAAUACAAUAGUACAAACCCUUCUCUCUCUCUCUCUCUCUCUCUCUCUCUAAAUCCAACGGUCCAAACCCUCCCUCCCAACCCAUCAUCCUCUCAUCUCAACCGUUCGUUACAGCUACCUUGUCCUUUUCUGCGUGCCACUUUGGUCUCAUGAUCAAGAUAUGACUCAAUCCAAGCAUUAAACAAGAGAAAGCAAAGCAAGCUAAGCCUUAACAAAUGGCGGCCAUGUUGGUUCCUCCAUGGCUUGAAUCAUUGCUAUCAACAGCCUUCUUCUCCAUCUGCCCAUCACACAAAGAUGCCCCCAGAAGCGAAUGCAACAUGUACUGCUUAGAUUGCAACAAUGGUGCAUUUUGCUUUUACUGCAGAUCAUCAAGACACAAAGAUCACCAAGUAAUUCAGAUCAGGCGGUCGUCGUAUCAUGAUGUUGUUAGGGUGUCUGAGAUUCAGAAGGUCCUAGACAUCAAUGGAGUACAGACUUAUGUGAUAAACAGUGCGAGAGUACUGUUUUUGAAUGAGAGGCCUCAGCCUAAAAAUGCCGUUAAGGGGAGCUCACAUAUCUGUGAAGUAUGUGCCAGAAGUCUCUUGGACCCCUUACGUUUUUGUUCAUUGGGAUGCAAGCUUGUGGGACAAAAGAAGAAUGGGGAAGCAAGCUUUAUCUUGAGCGCAAAGAAAGAAGAAGAGGAGGGAAGAAGGGAAGGAAUAGAAAUAAGAUUGCCAUCAAAAGAGUUAGAAGAUCAAUUGCCUCAAGGAAUGCAACAACACAUGUACCAAAACACUUCAACUCCACCUCAUCAUUCAAAUUCAAAUUCAAGGAGAAGGAAAGGCAUACCUCAUAGGGCACCUUUAGGGCCCUAAUUACAUAAUUAGUGUUUCCUAGAACUUGCUUAGCCAGCUCAUUCCUCACAGGCUCCAUGUGUCCUAAACAUGGGGAAGCUGUCUUUAUGGGGUUUUAAAAGGAAUUAAAGUUGGGUUUAAGCACUUUUAAAUUGGGCUUGGGUUGGGUUUUGGGUGCAAUAAUGCUGCAUUAAUAUUUGAAACAUGCAAGGUGUAAAUGGCAUCCAGAUACACAUGAACCGUUUUAUAUGUAUAAAGAAACAACAGCUCAGCUUUUUUAUUUUUUUAUUUUUUUUUUAUUUUUGUGGUCAGAUAAAAAAAUUACAUGUCAUAUAAUUUUUAUUUUAUUCAAUGUAUUGUAUGUAAUACUUUGUUUUCUGUCAAUAAUGUACGUAAUACGUGGUAUUUCAUCACAAGUGGUUGAAAAUAUAUGUUAUAUGUAAUUAAUACCAAUUGGAAUA